AUGGUUUUAGCCCCUAAUACAGGCGGUUUAUUUCAACGUGCUGUAUUACAAUCACCACCUAUGUUUAUGUGCAGUUCAAAGAAAUGGGCAGAAACCAAAGGUGAAAUCUUUGUCCGUUCGCUGGGUUUAGAUACUUCUGAUUUAGCGAACGAUUUAGAAUCUGUCGAGAUCGAGACUUAUUUGGAAACACAAACCUUCAUGACCACUUGGCCUAAUUUCCUGGAAGGAUUGGCUCCUGUGGGUCUAAGUGAAGAUGGCCACAUCUUACCCACUACGCUCAUUGAACACUUCUUCAACCACCCAUUACCUAAAGGACACGAACAUCUCGAGAUCAUGGUUGGCUAUACCCGUGACGAAUUUAACUUUUUUUUCCCCUUUUUGCCUAAUUUCCAAGACAUGGAUGAUUCCAUGUUUGUACGUGGAUACUUUACACAUAUCUUUGGUCACAAAAACGCGCGCCGAGCAUAUGAGUUGUACAAACAAGAAAUUGUACCUCCCAUGUCGCCACCAUCUGAAGUGACACGAUAUAUGUGCUCAGACGUGAUGUGUCGAAUCUCUACUCUCUUAACAGCCGAAAACCUGUCGCUUCAGGGCCAUAAAGUUUGGCUUUAUGAAUGGGAUUAUGAGUCCAACGAUGUUCAGAAUGUAAUCAAGGCAGCCCAUAUGGUAGAUUCUGUCUUUUCUUGGGAUAAUCUAGCUUACUGGACAGACAAUCCAUUCUUGGGUCCCGGUGAUGAGUAUGAAAGAGACCGUAUUGCUAAACAGAUCUCUUUGGCCAUAAUUAAUUUUGCAAGAAAAGGUGAUCCUAACCAUGAUGGUAUUCCCGAAUGGCCAUUGUAUAUUCAAGAUAAGGACGUACGAGACAGAAAUGCAAUGGUGUUUGAUAGAGAAAUUCGUGUAGAACACAAUUUGUAUGAUACUGGGUUACAAUUAUGGAAGACAGUUUUGAAAGAUUAUGUAAAAUGUACACAAUUCCCCAUCAAACCUACUCGACGCGUCAGUAGUAAAGAAAGUUUAUCUUCACCUGAGGAAGCAUUACAGAACAAGAAGCGUAAAUUAGAACAUACUGAAUAA